AUGGAAUUCUUAACUGCGAAGCAGUAUUUGAGAAAACACUGCAGCUCGCAGCGGAUCAAAACGGACAUAGGACCCCUUGACAAAUUCUUGCGAGGUGGCAUCCGAACCGGAAAGGUUUACGAGAUUGUGGGCAAACCAGGCACCGGCGGCACUCAGCUGUGUAUGAAGCUCUGUCUAAAUGUUCAAAUACUUAAAGACGCUCGUGGUUUGGCAGGCAAGGCUUUAUAUUUGGACACUCGAAUGGCCUUCAAUCCGGAUGCACUAAGAAAUCUGGCCGAAGACCUUGCGAAGAGUCUGGAUCGCCGAUGGCAGAUGGAAUCAACUCCCAGCGCAUCGGAUUUGUUGAGGAACGUGCAUUACUUGGAGUGCCGCAAUGCUGCUCAGCUUGUGGCGGGCAUAUUGAAUUGCCACAAGUACCUCGAAGAUGAUCCAAAUAUAAAACUGAUUGUCGUCGACUCCAUAUCGUUUGCAAUACGAAUGCUGGACAACGUCUUCGAGCGGACGGAGCUGCUAAUGGAACUGCACGAUUACAUGCGUAAUUUGCAAACUAAUCAUGAUGUGGCGUUCGUCUUGACCAACGAUCUGGGAUAUCGUCGGCACAGGCGUCGUUUUAGAUUGGAUGCCGUUCUGGGUCAGAAGCAUGCGCAUUUCAUCCACAAGCGGAUUUGGUUUACGGAAACCGAGUGUUUUGUAGGCAAAACGCAGAAAGCGAAAAGAUUGAUUUGCAAAUUGUCCGAGUAGAUGUGUGAUCAUCUUUCCAAUAAUAUAAUUAGCUUAUAAUUAUCAGAAAUAUGAAAAAAUAAAUUA